UUAACUCCAAACAUACUUUAAGAACAUUUUUAAAUGAAUAGGUCACAUUAGGUCUUAGAUUGACAUUAUCUUAAGAGAGUCCUAAAUAAUAUAAAAAACUUCUAUCCAGGGGAGUAAUAAUUUCAUAAAUCUUAGAAGGAUCCUAAUAUGAAUCAAGAUUACUUAGUUUCAGUUUUCAAAUUGUGAAUUUUUUUUUACUAGUAACCUCUUUGUUAGUAGAGUAUUUGGAGAUGAGAUAACAGACCUGAAAUACUCCUUGCCUUUGCAGUUUUAUAUAGACAGAGUUAAUGCUUUCUGAAAGGGCAGUGUUUGAAGUACGUAAGUAAAUGGCAGGGUUUUUUUUUUUUUUUUUUUUUGGUGAACAGAAUAAUUAUGAAUAAGGAGGUAGCCAUUCCUUAAUACAAUGAAUGAUAAGCUAAGCCAAAAUUCAGUAUUGUAUCGAAGCCUGUAUAAGAGUAUGUACAAGUAGCAAAACAGGACUGGGCAUAAUGGACUUUCCAUUCCAUAUAGAUUUUUUCUUUCAUUAAGAGUAUUAGGAAGAAGGUAAAAAGAAAACCUCCCUGAUUUGAAAGAGAGAGACAUGUGAUUUUUUUAUGAAUUAUUUUGCAUUAUUAAACACUUAGAAAGACAAGUGGGAAAACUUUUUUUUUCUAGGUUCUGAGAAUACAGUAAAAUUACUGAGCAUUAUCCUACCCUGAAGUUUUAAAACCACAUGUCAUGUCUUAUGCAAGUGCUUCUCAUUGAAGAGAUCAAAAUGCCCUUAUCCCUGGUCUGUUAAUUGAGAAGAUAGGUUUCUUACAGUGGAGUAUUGCUGAUAACUGAGCUGCAUGUGUUUCCUAACAGGUGUUUCUGAUACCUUAAAUUAAGAUAUAUAAUUAGAUGAGAAGUAGCUGGUGAAGAUCAGUUAGUAAAUCAUGGUAAUAAAAUACCUUUUUCAGAGAGUUAAUUUUUGAAAAGUUCAUUCCCAGAAAUGUUUUAAAUUGUUUUAUUUUGAAAGUGAUUACUGGUCUUCUUUAGGGAUCUGACUAUUCAUUGUGCUAAGGUUUAAGUAGAAUAUAGGAAAGUUGACUUUUUUUAGUAUAACAGGCUCUCAUAAUAUACAACUUUAAUAUUUUAAUUUCUCCAACAUUCAACAUUUUCAUGCAUGUGACAUGUGAGUAAUUGAUGAGGCACAAGUAGUCACAUGAAUGGAGACAUGAAAAAUGCUGUAAUUGGAAAUAACAAACAGAAAGCCAACCUCAUUGUUUUAGGAGCAGUGCCAAGACUCUUAUAUCUGCUUCAGCAAGAAACUUCCAGCACAGAGCUAAAAACUGAAUGUGCUGUGGUCUUGGGAAGUCUUGCUAUGGGUACUGAAAACAAUGUUAAGUCUCUCCUGGACUGCCAUAUUAUUCCUGCCUUGCUGCAAGGAUUACUAUCUCAAGAUUUGAAAUUCAUUGAAGCUUGCCUUAGAUGCCUUCGCACCAUUUUUACCAGUCCAGUUACCCCAGAAGAACUACUUUAUACAGAUGCUACAGUUAUACCCCACCUCAUGGCACUGCUUGGUAGAUCUCGUUAUACACAAGAAUACAUUUGUCAGAUCUUCUCUCAUUGCUGCAAAGCACCAGAUCAUCAAACAAUUUUAUUUAACCAUGGAGCAGUACAGAAUAUUGCUCAUCUCUUAACUUCAGUGUCAUACAAAGUUCGAAUGCAAGCACUGAAAUGCUUCUCAGUUCUAGCUUUUGAAAACCCCCAGGUAUCCAUGACCCUUGUAAAUGUUUUGGUUGAUGGAGAAUUAUUACCCCAGAUUUUUGUGAAGAUGUUACAGAGGGAUAAGCCUAUUGAAAUGCAGCUCACAUCAGCAAAAUGCUUAACAUAUAUGUGCAGGGCUGGAGCAAUUCGGACAGAUGACAACUGUAUUGUGUUAAAGACUCUGCCUUGUUUGGUUCGAAUGUGCAGUAAGGAGAGAUUGCUAGAAGAGCGAGUUGAAGGAGCUGAAACACUUGCCUAUCUGAUUGAACCAGAUGUUGAACUACAAAGAAUUGCCAGCAUUACAGAUCACCUUAUUGCCAUGCUUGCUGAUUACUUCAAGUAUCCCAGUUCAGUCAGUGCAAUCACUGAUAUCAAAAGGCUUGACCAUGAUUUAAAGCAUGCUCAUGAACUUCGCCAGGCUGCUUUCAAGCUUUAUGCCUCUCUUGGAGCUAAUGACGAAGACAUCCGGAAGAAGAUCAUUGAGACUGAAAAUAUGAUGGACCGAAUUGUGAAUGGCUUGUCUGAGUCUAGUAUCAAGGUGCGGUUAGCUGCAGUCAGAUGUUUGCACAGUUUAUCCAGGUCUGUGCAGCAGCUUCGAACCAGUUUUCAGGAUCAUGCGGUCUGGAAACCUUUAAUGAAGGUUUUACAAAAUGCACCAGAUGAAAUUUUAGUGGUAGCAUCUUCCAUGCUGUGUAAUCUACUGCUUGAAUUCUCUCCCAGCAAAGAGCCUAUUUUAGAAUCAGGAGCCAUAGAGUUACUUUGUGGUUUAACCCAAAGUGAAAAUCCUGCUUUACGAGUGAAUGGGAUUUGGGCUUUAAUGAAUAUGGCAUUUCAGGCAGAACAAAAAAUAAAAGCAGAUAUUUUACGAAGUUUAAGUACCGAGCAGUUAUUCCAGUUGUUGUCAGAUUCAGACUUGAAUGUGUUAAUGAAGACUUUGGGACUUCUCAGAAAUCUCCUUUCCACUCGCCCACACAUAGACAAGAUAAUGAGUACUCAUGGAAAGCAAAUUAUGCAAGCUGUCACACUAAUUCUGGAAGGGGAGCAUAAUAUAGAAGUCAAAGAGCAGACAUUAUGUAUAUUGGCCAAUAUAGCAGAUGGAACAACAGCAAAAGAACUCAUUAUGACCAAUGAUGACAUUUUGCAGAAAAUUAAAUAUUACAUGGGUCAUUCCCAUGUUAAACUACAACUUGCUGCCAUGUUUUGUAUAUCAAACCUCAUCUGGAAUGAAGAAGAAGGUUCACAAGAACGGCAAGAUAAAUUACGAGAUAUUGGCAUUGUAGAUAUUCUACACAAACUCAGCCAAUCACCAGAUACAAACCUUUGUGAUAAGGCAAAGACAGCACUGCAGCAGUAUCUGGCAUGAUGGGAGAUCCAGCGAGUCUUCAGGUCCCCCUCCCGUUUGUUUAAGGAAUAACAGGAAAUAGCCUCAUUGGGUUCCUUAUAUUUGCACAAGUCACCUUGGACUGAGUUUCUCUCAUGUGCAGGGAGCUGUUUUGCAAAAGCAAUUUAGUAGAAUAGAUCUCAGAUACAUCUUGAGAACCUUCUUCAAGGUAGUAACUUACUCAGAGGACUAUUGUGUUUAUUUUUUCCUGAGCUACCUGGACUCUAUUAGAACAAUCAAUCGUCAUUUUCCUUUGGACCUACAAUUUUUGCCUAUGCUGCAGCCACUUUGUGUGUGAGUGUGUGUGUGUAUGUGUGUGUGCGUGUGUGUGUGAGUGCAAAUGUAUGUAUGAGGGAAUACCUCAGAAUUUUGUUUUCUUAUUUUACGUGUGAAAAUCUCUUUUCUACAGAUUUUCCAGGGUUUAAGCAUUGCUUGCUGUAUGAAAACUUUACUGAAUUAUAUACAGUUUGAAUGAUAUGUUAUUUUAAAAACAAAAAUUUGUUAAGUGUUCCAUAAAGGUUAUGUUGAAUUUUGGUCAGAUGAAUAUUUGUAAGUAAAAAUAUAUGCAUUUCUGAACCUCAAACUUAACUUACAUAUAUUUCCUUUUAAAAAAAAAGAAAGAAAAGUGAGAGAGAGAGAGAGAAAAUAUGGCUCUAGAUGACCUGAAUAACAGGCAAUAUUAAUGGUGCUAGCUAGCAUCUUACUGCCGCACAAUAUUAGCAGGUACUAGUGGCUCUUUCAGCCCAGUUAAGUUCUCAGGCUUCCUUUGUAAAGGGAUGGGGUAGCUCUCCUUGAGUUUCUGAAACUAUCCAAGGAGAAAUGUCAAGGUACUACUGAUAGUGAUGCUUCUGUGGCCAAGCACUGCGAGACAAGAACCAGUGGGUUCAGUGCCAGCACUCACUAGGGAACUUGCCAGGUCUGCUGCACCAGAGUGUACAAGUCUUAGGAUCAGCAUGGUAAGUGACAGCCAUUGGGCAGGGAUUAGGCAGGACCACUGCAGACCAGAUCAUUUCUUAGAAAUGCUGUCAGAAUUAGAUGGAGGGAAUCUGGCAAGUGUGAGUUUGAAGAUUCAUUGUAUCCUAAUAUUUGCACUUCCUACAGAGCAUAUCACUGUGAAAUGAAUUUGUUUUCUCCAAAGUUAAGCUAUUUCAGGAGGCUCAAGGUAGAGUUGAACAGUUUAAAAAGAAGUCUUUCUCAAGAACAUUGCUAAGUAUAAUUAGCACUGUGUAGCCAGGAAUUGCAACAUAAUAUGUUUUUAUGAAAGAGAUCAGGGCUUUAGGAACUAUUUGUGCAAUCGGGUACCUUUCAUGAAUAAGGAUAAAGAACUUAAUGUCCAGAGAAGGAAUAGAAAAUACCCUCAUGAUGACUGAAGAGUAUAUAUUCCCUCUGCAUAAUAUAUGUAUCCUAACUCCUUCAAAGCUUUCAGCUUAAAAUGUUCUCCAAGCUGUGGGUUGACUUGUCCUCAAGCGUUUACAAUAAAAUGUAAUGCAAGUUACAGUGGACUAGGAGAGGGAGAGAUCUUUCUCACUUUCCUUCAAAUAAGAGAUCUCUUGAAGAAGGAAACCAGGUUUGCAAAUCUAGACAAAUCUACAAUUUGGGUCAAAAAAAAACAAAACAAAACCUGGCAUUUCAUUACCCCAUUUUGACAAAUAUUCCUAGUAUAUAAACUGCCCGGUUACUGCCCAGCACUUUCCUUAAGUUAUAGAGUUUAUCAUUUUGGUUAAAAGAGAGCAUUUUCCCAAAAAAUGCAUUAAAUCUCAUUUUUUUUUCCUACUCUGAAUAUUGAUACCUGGAUCACAUGAUUUAAAUGCAGAGAUAAUGAAUGUUUAUUCCUUCAGGACAUCAAUUUAAAAAAAAAGUCUAUUAAAACAAGCAUCUGGAUUUUGCAGACAGAUCAAAAUACAAAUAUGGGAAAACCUGGGGGUAUUUUUUUUAAUCUAGUUUCUUGGAAAUAAAGCCUUAUUUUAAAACAUACUCAACUGAUGACAGUUUUUCUAGCACUAAAACCAUCCUUGAUUAAAACUUUUAAUGUGAAACGCUCCAAAGUUAGAAUCAAAUUAAAACAGACCAACAAUAAAAUGCUAAGACAAUCCAAAUAUCACAUGGAAAAAAAAUAGUAUUUUUCCAGAAUAACAUCAGUAGACUUUAAAAAUCCACUAAAUAGCAUUUUCACUUUCAUACUAUGUGAACUGAUAUUGCCCAUGGGUGUAUACAAAUAGGAAAAUUAAAAGUGCUUUACCACAAACUAGCUCUUCUGAAUUUCAUGGGGGGAAAUGUAUUUAUUAUGAUAAUACUGUUUUCUGCGUUACAUGCAAUUUUUAGUCUGCAAGACACUGGCAACAGUGGGAAAUGGUCUCGUGUACAUAGCCCAAGUUCUUAACAAAGCUUCUCAACAAUCUUUAAUACUGCUUUCUGUUUCUCCUUUUUUCUCCUGAUUGUAAUCCAGAAUUCAUGAAAUAGAAAAGAAUGUCCAAUUUAAUAAGUUGCAUUUAUUUCCUGAAGCACUUUAUUGAGAACAAUAUAUGUUCUGGUAGUGUUUGGAUAAAAUUAUGACUUUUAACACAUGCUAAUAAAGCCAAGAAAAACCACA